AUGGCUUCAUUUCCUGACGCCAACGAUGGCAGCGUUCCCACACGCAUCACGGUCAAGUGCUGCCAUGGCGAGUGCGCCGAAUCGGCUGCCUACGGGUUUCCCCUUUGCUUUAUCCAUUUGAAACUUCAUAAUGCCCCCCCUUUCAUUAGCAUGUUUAACAAGAACAAAAAACACAACGACAACAACAAAGAGGACCAAUCAACGGCCUCUGAAGAUUCUCCGGCAGGAAGUCUUGAGUCGUCGUCGAAACCAAUAUCCACGGCUCCUCCUGUCACGUCCAACUCGCGCAUAGAGCCAAUUCGCAAAAGACUGGACGGUAAGGCCACAGCCAGAAAAACCAUCAACUUGCCACGUGCGUCGCCCAUGGCUCCCAUCACCCGCCGGCCUAGCCAGCCAGCCGGCUCAUCCGCCCUGAAUGGGGAAGCCUUACCCAGUGAGCCUAGUAGGAAGAAACGUCGUGUUGAUCCCAGCAGCACCACUGGCGAUGCAAUUGGGACACCAGCUUCUAGCUUCGGGCCGGCUGGUCAUCCCAUACGUGAUUCGCGCUCAAACCGUGACGUUUCUGGUUCUGGAAAGUCCACUAGAGGUCUACGGGAGACGCCGGCAAGUAGUUUCUAUGGCCACAGUCCCACCGUCAGUGAGGUUUCCAAGACCCGGACUCCUAUUGUCGAACUCCGAGACUUGCUCUCGGCAGACAAGGAACAAACGCCGGGCUCAGAACCAUCAAAGGCGAAAGCACCGGUGCCGGUCGUCGAAGCGUCGCCCAAGGUGUUCAAUCAAGGUCCUGCCAAAUACUGGGAGGAGCACAGGGCCAUGUUGACGUCCCCAACUGGCCCGCAACUGGCCCACGAGCGCCAAUUGCAUGAGGAGCAGGCAAUGAAAGCACCUGCAGUCUUGACCUCAUUUGAUGGUACAUAUGAUAUCUCUGGGAGCACCAUAACGCCAGGCAGUCAACAGCCCAAUACUCAUUCUGUCAACACACACCACUCGCCGUUUUCCAUGUCAACACAGUCGAUGAGUUCUAGCAGCUCUGACACGUUAGCUCCUCAGAUGCAAAAGCAUCUGUUGAGGCUGUAUUCAGAAAAUCAGUCUCAGCUUACGGGGCAGGAUUUGAACUUGGACACAGGUCAAGGGGGUUUGAAUGCCCCCAACCAAAGGCGCGUUCUCUUCCCAGGUGCGACUCAGGAUGCCUCCCAAAACACUAGGUCACAAGCAAAGCACACGCACAAUGUUGAACAACCAGCAGUGGCUCGACGACUGCUUCGUUGCAUCAAACGGGAUACACAAGCAAGCACGACUGAAAUGUCCAACGCAGAAUCAGAGCUACUGCCCGUUGAGGAGAGGCGCCGCUGGCUGCUUUCAGUAGAUGCGCAGCCGGUGUUUGACAAUCUGAUUUACAGCCAAAGCGCCGCACAACUGGCACCUCCACAAAGCGUACACUUACCGCCGAGGACGGAACCACCAGAGCCGCGAGGCGCUCCGCUGUUUGCAGCCCUCAACCCACACUCCCAUUGGUGCCGCCCGCGCUCAAAGACCUGGCUUGAGAAGAAGGAAUCCGAAAUAGAGUCUAGAGAGGAUCGGAAGGGAAGGUUUGGUAUGGCAGUCGAGAGUCUUGCCACCAGUAGACGAGAGGAGGCUGCUGCCAAUCCCGCCCCGGCGCUAGCACGCGACCCGUUACCAGUGCAAGCCAACGGUAGGAGUCGUGGGAAAAGCAAUGCUAAAAGGCCCUCUAGGGGAGGAGAAUCUGGACACGCGAAUGGCUUGAGCAAAAACACGGCCGCACUGGCGCGCAUGAAAUCACAAUUCGACGCCUGGGACAUACAGGUCUGGGAAAAAGAUAAGGAACAGACGCGCAAGGAAGAGGAGAUGGCGCAGGCUUUUCCGUCUUCUGUUCCUGGGAAGCGCGUGAGACGUAAAGCCAAUGGCAGAUAA